AAAAUGGCCGCGCCCACGGCUCCGAGCGCCCGCCCCGCUGAGGCCUAAUGGCGGCGGGCGGGGCCGGGCCGCCUUAAAGGGGCCGCGACCCCCAAACGGGCUCAAACCCGAACCCUCCGCACCGGGGAGCCCCGUACGGGCCUGACGGGGGGGCACCGACCCCUUCCGUCCCCCCCCAGAGCCCCGAGUUCAGCCCCGGUGGCGGGCGGGGGGGCCUCGCGGCGGGCGCUAGGACCCGUGAGGCGGCGGGGCCCGCCCCGGAAGCGGCGUGACGUCACGCGGAGCCGCCCCGCCCCGCCCCGCCGCGCGCUCGGCGAUGCUGCUCUCGGUGCCGCCGCGCCCCGGCCUGGCCGCGUUCGCCUGCAGCAAGGGGGGCAAAAAGCAGCCCUAUGUGCCGCCGCCGCCAGCCAUGGGCCCCCCCAGCCCCGGCCCCUGCCCCCCCCCCGGGGGGGCGGGCGAGCAGCUGAGCAAAACCAACCUGUACAUCCGCGGGCUGCACCCCGGCACCACCGACCAGGACCUGGUGAAGCUCUGCCAGCCGUACGGGAAGAUCGUCUCCACCAAAGCCAUCCUGGAUAAGACGACCAAUAAGUGCAAAGGCUACGGCUUCGUCGACUUUGACAGCCCCACGGCGGCCCAGAAGGCGGUGACAGCGCUCAAGGCCAGCGGGGUGCAGGCGCAGAUGGCCAAGCAACAGGAGCAGGACCCCACCAACCUCUACAUCUCCAACCUGCCGCUGGGGGUGGACGAGCAGGAGCUGGAGGCGCUGCUGAAGCCCUUCGGGCAGGUGGUCUCCACCCGCAUCCUGCGGGACCCCCACGGGGCCAGCCGUGGGGUCGGCUUCGCACGGAUGGAGUCGACGGAGAAGUGCGAGGCCGUCAUCACCCACUUCAACGGGAAGUACAUCAAAACCCCCCCGGGGGUGCCAGCCCCCCCGGACCCCCUGCUCUGCAAGUUCGCGGAUGGGGGGCAGAAGAAGCGGCAGAGCCAGGGCAAGUUCGCCCAAGGGAGAGCCUGGGCCCGGGAUGGCGAUGCGGGCACCGUGACCUUGGCCUACGACCCCACGACGGCGCUGCAGAACGGCUUCUACCCCGCCCCCUACGGCCUGGCCCCCACCAGGAUGAUCGCGCCCACCGCCCGCCCCUACCUGCCCUCGCCCGUCUCCUCCUACCAGGUGCACAGCCCGGCCUGGAUGCCCCCCUCCUACCUCGUGCAGCCCACGGGCGCGGUGCUGGCCCCCGCCGUGGACCACGCCGUCCCCCUCCAGCCCUCCGUGGUGGCCCCCCUGGCCCAGCAGCUCGGCCACCUCUCGCUGGGCAGCACGGGCACGUACGUGCCUGCCACCGCCCUGCCCGGAGCCUUCCUGCCGCCUACCCCCCGGUGCCGCCCGCCAUCCCCCUGGAGGACGGCAGCGCCGCCCCGAGCCACGGCCACGGCCCCGUGGAGUCGCCCUCCGAGCCCAGCGCCUUCCCCUACCCCUACCCCAAGUAGCAGGGGGUGAGGGGGGGGGGGGGGGGGGGGCGGCACGAGGGACCCCCCCCACGCUGCUGCCGCCCCCCCCCCCGGGGAUGGAGCCCCCCCCCGGCUGCCAACUGCGGGCGACGUCGCCCCUUCCUCUGCUCCUCUUCCUCUGCAAGGGGGGGGCCUGAAAUGAGGGGCUCUGUGCUUCGGGGGGGGGCAGCCCCACAGCUCCCGCAGUGUCUUUGCUGCCCCCCCCCCCUAACCCGGGCAGCCCCCCCUCGGAGGGCUUUUUUUCCUCCUGCA